AUGGGGUUAGCCUUUCUAACAAAAGAUACACUCUCGGCUCACGCAACGCCAAUGAUAUGGGGAUGGAAUGUAGACGCAUCGUAGAACGCGUUUUCGUUUGAAGUUGGCGUCUUGUUUGAGAGUAGAUGUGACAGAUUUGCGUAGAAUAGGGUAAGGUGUUAUCAUGAACGGAGAAGAAAGGGCUUUUCCAACACGGAGAUGUAGCAUGGAUCAAAGCAUUUGUUGGAUUUCAGCUUUUACAAGAGGACAUCAACGCAGUAGUAUUUUAGCAAGCUUACGAACGCAUGUAGGAUACCAUGAGGAUU